CCUCCCCUCUUCGAAUCAAAAAUCCUCUCGCCAGAAAAUAAAUCCCCUCUGCCCUCCAAUCAUCCUCAGUCCCAGCAGUCUGGACAAAGACAGCGCCAUCACCAUCCCCAAGCAGGAAUAGGAAAACACCGCCGCCGCCGCCAACAAGGUGGACUUUUCUUGGGCCUGAGUCAGGGUCUCAGCCGCUGGGAUUCCAUGGAUGGACGGCCAUCUAGAACGACUGUCUGCAACAUCAUUCAUCGCUUGCUCCUAGCCCGCCUCCUUCCCGCCUGCCGUUGUAUUUUAUGUUAUAAUGAAGCUGCUCGUCGCUGCAGAUCCUCUCGGGUAGAACAUAAAACAUCCCCUAUAGCAGUUGGUUGAUAGUGGAUACACCUUGGACACUGACUGACUGAUUGACUUCCUCGUUGUACUCACCUGUUAAUUCCCUUUUUCUUCUCUGUCUCUGAUUACCUUUCGUUCUCCCUCCCCAUCUCUCUCUUUCUUUUUUUGCUUCCCUUCGACCAAACCUUUUCCUCUCCGAACAAAUAAGAAGGCUUGCUUGUCUCACCUGUCUUUUGUUCUUCUUCUUUCUUCCGUUUCUUGAUUUCCAUCUUUUAGACACCCUGUGACCGUGGUUUGGUGUCUCGCAGGCAGAGCCUCAUGCAGAGUCCUCCACCGAGUGGAUCAGUACAGUGACAAUUGCUCUCGUUGUUCCUCUCUCACUCUGAAUUUUUCCUCUUUCUCUCCCCGAAUAUCCUGGUGUUUGCGGUCUACUCCUCUUUUGGCUCCUUCCCAGCCGCUUCUGCGCGAUCAAGUUCCUCUGACCACGGCCGACGUCUCUUUGCAAUCAGGCGGCGACUUCAUCUGACAAGCCAAGGUCCGAAAAACAGAAGGGUAAAAGAAUCGGAAUAGCCGACUGUUUGCGCCGCGGGGCUCUCCCCAUCAGAAAAGAAACGAUAUGACGGCCACGACAGGAUUUCUCUCUGGCCAUCCUCCCUCUCCUCCCCAAUCCACGGGCGGGGCCACGCCUGAGCCUCUUCAGAAUCCGUGCAUUGUCAUUCGGUACAACCAACCUGGUGCUGUUGAUUCUUCUGCGCUCCACAGAAACGGUGUACCUGCCGAGGCCACUUACGGCAGUAGUUCCCAGUCAUCUAUGGAAUAUCAUAACUCCCCUUUCUCGCAUACCAUGCCGCUGCCUCCAGCUCAGAUGAUCCCAAAUGGUAUCCAGGUGGAAACACCACCUCAUACCUCAGACGACGACUUCCUCCGCGGUGGUUCGUCAUCGCCAUCACAGUGGCUUUCCCCUCCGGCCCGAUCGAGGCCUCACCCAAAGGCGAGGCUCAGGAAGGCACCCAGGUCCCCACGUAGGGGUGGUGGUAAGCAGAGGAAAAUGGACUACCCCGGAAUGCCUGGUCCACUAAGCGAAUUGACCAAGCACAUGACCGGGGUGCCGAUCAAGGACAUGGAAGAGUGGGUUCACCGACCGAUCGAAGUCCGUCAGCAAGUAGCCAAAGAGAAAGGCAAGAUUGCCCGUCCCAUGAAUUCAUUCAUGCUCUAUCGGUCGGCUUAUGCCGAACGGGCCAAGUCAUGGUUCGCCCAAAGCAACCAUCAGGUUGUAUCAAGGACGGCAGGAGAAAGCUGGAGACUUGAGCCGCCUGAAAUCCGCAAGAAGUAUGAGGUUCUGGCAAAGAUUGAGAAGAUCAACCACGAGAGAGCCCACCCGGGAUACCGUUUCACGCCCGAGAAGGACAAAAAGAAGCGAGACAAAACGCCGGACAUUGAUCGCCGCCAGUGCAUCGAAGGCGCGUCACAGUCUAGUCCCUUCUCGAGCCAUACCGCCCGGUCCGUCAGCUCAGACCUGGGCAGCGGAUGGGACAGCCGUGGCUCGACCCCGUUUGGUUUCGUUGAUCAUGGUCUACCCACAGGAGGCUAUCUCAACUCUUCCUGGCACUCCAGCAACCCCGGAAGACCAGCCCCGGGCAUGAUGUCCCCUCCCGAGCCUUCCCAGUAUAUGCAGCAGACUGUCCUUCCCAGUCUGAUGGGCUCUCACGUCGAAGAUGUUCGAUUCAGGAGGGUGGGCUUGCAGGAUGUCCAGUACACAACAUCCACUGCCUUGGCUGGGUUGCCAGGAGCAGCCCACCAUGAGCUUCUUCAGCCGCCAACGGCUCCCGGGGCCGGGCCUGAUGGACAGCUAGACCCCCAGUUGCUGGGAUACCAAGGUGAUGCUUCAAAUGGCGGUCCGGCCUACGGCAACUCUCAUUUUCCGGCGUGGCAUGAAACCGCGGCGAACAACUUGUAUCUUCCCACAACGCUCUCUCCCACCUCUCUGAACUACCCCGCCGGAUCGGCAUACCAGUCGGGGUCAGCAUACCAGCCUGGUUCAUACCAGCCAGGGUCGGCGGCUGCGAUGGAUGGUCGCGAGGCAUGGGAUCCGAACCACGAUGGAUCCAUGGAAACCGGUGGUGAAUUUGACAGUUGGAUCAACUCUCAUCAAUCAGGAUACUAGGGUAGAUUCCCUGUGGUAUGUGCUGAGAUGUCAGUGGUGAUAUUAUGAUGAAAGUCACGAGCCUUGACGGAAUCGUUCAUUAUGGUGUAUAUGCCAUCGUUACUUGAAUAAUUUGGGUAGGCUCUUUGUUUUUGGGACUGGAAUACCUUUUCGUUUAUUGGAGAUUCAAAGCCUGGUUGAUUCAGACCCGGCGCUGUUUGUAUUUUCUUUUUGUUUUUUCUCAUUUCCUGCUUUGUCUUCAUUCUCUACCUGGGCUCCCCUCCCCUUCUCUGGGUUUUGUUAAUCUUUCGCUUCGUUCUGGGUGGCAUGAUUGUAACAGUUUUUUUUUGUGGCAAGGGUGGGAUUCUGCUUUCAGUAAUUGUGGUUAUUAUAUGUUUGCGUCUCGGUGGUUUUUAGUGAUAGAAUUCAAUAUGAGUUCCAUUCGUUAUACAGGAGAUAUCAAUCGGAUCUAGUAUAUUUUCUCCCUCUGUCUUCAGUGUAGAGUGUGAUGUAGUGAAUACAUUUGAGGGCAAUAUAGAUGUCGAGUGACGUUGUAUGUACCAAGGUUAUCAAAUCGAAAAGAACUUGAAGAGU